AUGCCGACAGUGGCAUCGCAGGACCGUGCCUUGUGCCCAGCUCAUAGCAGGAAUGUUGCCCAGGGACUGAGUGAGCGGCCCAAGAUCGCUGCCGUUGGGAAGGAUCGAUGGCCCUCGCAUCUGCUAGAACACAACGGCGCCUCUCUUUGUGUCUCUGGCAGCCGGAGGCAGAUCCGCGUUGUUUUUGGUACAGGUGCAUCACGUCUUACGAAUUGCACUGCUUCUUUGAAUGCACUGUUGCGCCAACAGAGUCCUGGAUCUGGGAAGGAGAUUGAGGCGAGGAAACUGCUGAAGGUGUAUUCAGGACAGGCUGCUGAUUGUUGCUGGGAAAAAACUGCGGGGAAGAAGAAGUCGGGUAGUGGGCAUUUGGUGACCCUUUGCAGUAGAGGGCCUGUUCCGCGACCAAAUUUCCAAAGUGUUGGCAUUCAUCGUGAUGCAACGCGUGCACGUCCAGACUGGCACCACUGCAACGCGUGUCGUUCCUUUGAUGCGACAGGAAAAGACCGCCAAGAAGAACUGUCACAGCAUACAGCAGACGAGAGGCAGGAAGGCAAGUGCAUGACGGCCAACUUGCAGAAUUUGAACACUGACAAGGGCAACGUAAAGAAAGUGUGUGAUGAAUGUCACAUUGUUAAGGCAAAACAUGUACUGAUGCAGUGUGUUUCUUGUGCAGUCAGAAUUAGCGUAGGUACAGCCACACUGACUGUUGCUGCAGGUGCAGUCAGAAUUAGCGUAGAUACAGCCACACUGACUGUUGCUGCAGGUGCAGUCAGAAUUAGCGUAGGUGCAACCAGAAUUAGCGUAGGUACGAUAACACUGAACGUUGCUGCAGGUGCAACCAGAAUUCGCGUAUAUACAGCCACACUGACUGUUGCUGCAGGUGCAGUCAGAAUUAGCGUAGAUACAGCCACACUGACUGUUGCUGCAGGUGCAGUCAGAAUUACCGUAGAUACAGUCACACUGACUGUUGCUGCAGGUGCAGUCAGAAUUACCGUAGAUACAGUCACACUGACUGUUGCUGCAGGUGCAGUCAGAAUUACCGUAGAUACAGUCACACUGACUGUUGCUGCAGGUGCAGUCAGAAUUACCGUAGAUACAGUCACACUGACUGUUGCUGCAGGUGCAGUCAGAAUUACCGUAGAUACAGUCACACUGACUGUUGCUGCAGGUGCAGUCAGAAUUACCGUAGAUACAGUCACACUGACUGUUGCUGCAGGUGCAGUCAGAAUUACCGUAGAUACAGUCACACUGACUGUUGCUGCAGGUGCAGUCAGAAUUACCGUAGAUACAGUCACACUGACUGUUGCUGCAGGUGCAGUCAGAAUUACCGUAGAUACAGUCACACUGACUGUUGCUGCAGGUGCAGUCAGAAUUACCGUAGAUACAGUCACACUGACUGUUGCUGCAGGUGCAGUCAGAAUUACCGUAGAUACAGUCACACUGACUGUUGCUGCAGGUGCAGUCAGAAUUACCGUAGAUACAGUCACACUGACUGUUGCUGCAGGUGCAGUCAGAAUUACCGUAGAUACAGUCACACUGACUGUUGCUGCAGGUGCAGUCAGAAUUACCGUAGAUACAGUCACACUGACUGUUGCUGCAGGUGCAGUCAGAAUUACCGUAGAUACAGUCACACUGACUGUUGCUGCAGGUGCAGUCAGAAUUACCGUAGAUACAGUCACACUGACUGUUGCUGCAGGUGCAAUCAGAAUUAGCGUAGAUACAGUCACAUUGACUCUUGCUGCAGGUGCAGUCAGAAUCAGCGUAGGUAUGGUCACACUGACUGUUGCUGCAUGUGCAAUCAGAAUUACCGUAGAUACAGUCACACAGACUGUUGCUGCAGGUGAACCAGAAUUGGGGCAGCGUGAAAGUGAAGCCGUGGCUUUCUGUCAGGGGCUGCGGGAGCUGCGGAAUUUGGAAAGGGAAUUUACAGCAGAGAGAGGCGAUGAGGUCCAGCGUUCGCUGGAGCUACUGGACAGAGUGUUGUCGGAGUUCGACGACCUGGAGAACGGCAGCUUGGGCGAAGGCGAAGGAGCAAGGUCACGAGGUGCCCCCGCCCCUCCGCCAACCUUGGCAGAGGCACCGGGCCAUGUGUCCAGCACCCCUGAGGAGGAUGAGAGCCCUUCCCUUGGCGGCCACCAGUCCGAGGACGACGGCUAUAUGAGUAUGAACGGGCGCCGGGCCAAGUUUGUCUUGAGCUUCCGUCCAGUCCCUGACGAGGGUCAGGCCCUGGAAUUACCGCCGGCACCUGAACCGCCGCCGGACCCACCCCCGACUGAAAUGGCGGACUUCCCGCCGCCUCCCGAAGAGGCGGAACGCAUCAUCUCCACUCUGCUUCCACGUGUUUCCCCUGGGAACUCGGCUAAGAGAAGCAGUGUGCAACGCGGCAGAGCGUUCCUCAACGCCAUGACACUGGAAGAUCGGCGUCUCGCAGGCAGCAGGGUCACCACGGCCACCCAGACCACACUGCCGAAGACUCGGCACCAGCGCCCGUUUGGCUGGGAGACAGAAACUAACAACCCGCCCUUCCACCUGCAAGAGCCACCGAACCCUCAGCUCCGUUUCGGAAGUCUGCCGUACGAUGGCGUACUACAGCACGCGCGAUUCCCUCCACCGUGGUUGCAGCGGCAAGGUCCCCUGCCGCCACGGACACUCCCUGGCGCCAUCGAGCGGCAUCGCGAGGUACGACGUCGCGGCUCAGGGGACGGCGCCGAUGGCUCAGGAUGCGGCGGUGAAGAGCCGUGCCCGCCACUGCGCACACUUGACGAACUUACUGACGACUUCUCCGACGAUUCCUUGGAGGAACUUCUUCCGCCGCCGUUAGCCUCCAAGAGGAACAGCAUAGCGUGGGAGGUUCCCCUUGGUCUGGAAGACGCCGACCCCCUUCUGACGCCUGGCAGCACGAAAGUUGUGGGUCGCAGGAGGCGACGAUCCGGAGAUCACUCAAGUAUAGGGUCGAUACAUCAACUUCGGGAUCACGAAGACUGGCCAGAUCCUCCCGCAAGUACUGAAGAUGAGGCUGUGUCACCUUUCAGCGAUUCAUACUGUGAUUCCUCAGCCACAAAUGAGCAUGAGGAAUGUCAUUAUCUCCAUCCAGGUCUACAUGGCAGAAACAUGACUCCCAAUGGCACAUAUGUUAUUCGGAAAGGUCGGAAGAAGGACAGGAAGGCCGUGGAAUGUGUGAUACAAACCCCAGAACUUGUGGAGAGUGACCAGCAGCCCAGACUUGGGGACCUGAAGCGGUGCAGCUCAACAUUUGACAACAUCAAGUCCCUGCUCAGAGAAGGACUCCUAGAGGGACUGGAUGAAGCUCCUCCAGACUUUUCCCCUCCAGCACCCCCAGGGCUUGUACGAGUUGUUUCUCUGCCUAGCUUGGCCAGUGAGGGUUCCCAUCGCCAUGAGUUCUUAAGUGGUCCACGCCAUCAUGUUAGGGAUGACAUUCAUCACCGCUCCAAAGGUGAUGUCCGUCGCCUUUCAAGAACACACGAACUGGCUGUCACCUUGGAGGAAGAGGAAGAUUCGCCGUAUAGCUUCAACCUAGGUGACGAUUUCACAGAAUCGGAUGUGAAUGAGGAAGAGAGAAGAUUAAUCGAACAGCUGGAGAAGCAGCAACUGAGUACAAGUUCAGAGUCGCUGCCUGUGGGAGACAGGCUUUUCCCUCAAGAAUAUCAGCUUAAAGAGAUUAGAAUGAACUGUGAAUCAGUGUCCCAUGUGCAAGAUGAUUCAAUGGAUUGUAGAGAGUCACAAAAUCAUUUUCAGCUUCAUAAGAACAGAAAUCCUAGCAGUUCUUCUGAUGAUAUGCCUGAAGAAACAGAGACACGGAAUUCUCAGGGCAGAAAGACAUCUGGAGGUAAACAAAAACAGAAACAUGCUACCACAGUAGAGUCAGAUGCACAGUGGUCUACAGCUUCAGAAAUGGGCAGCCAUAUCCGUGUGGUGCCUGUUGUGCCAAAGGAUGAGUUCAAUGGAAUCUCAGACGGAGGUUCUGAGUGUGGAAAAGACAUGUCAACAACAGUGGAUGUGUCUGAACAUGAAUUCCCGCCCCUUCCACCAUCUCCUGUUGAAGAGGAUGAUGACGAGUACUCAGAGAUCCUGCAUCCCAGUCCUGCUGAGACUCCAAAUGAUAAGGCCAGUACUCUGCCAGAACCUUUCUACCGCAGCCUUGAGCCGCCAGGCAGUGACCCUUGUGGCAUGCGCUUCCUCAACCGGCCGUGCCCUCCGGAGCCUCCCCCACAUCAGGAACCGAUGUCCAGCCUCAAGACACGGUCCAUGGAUGCUGGUUUCAGCAAAGGCUACCACAACCACAGUUCCGGUUCCAGGAGAGAGGUUCCUCCAGAAAGACGGACAUUACCAUCAGAAUUGCCAGGGCCUUUGCGGUGCCGAACAUUCCAAAAGCGCUCCACGCAAUCUCCACGAGAGGAAACGUUGCAAACGUCUUGUUCACUUCCCGAGACACCCAUCUUUGCUAGAGGUUGUGAUAUUCCUCGGACCCCUCACCGCAGAGCCCCUGAUAUUCCAGGUGUGGCUCGAACAGCUCCCCGACCAGGUGGACUUGCCACAGGUGGCUACAGACGAACUGGGGCAGGCCCACUAUUGGGUCAUGGUACAGGUGUUGCACUGGGAUCUGGAGGAUUGAACCAGGCACUUGUGGGUGCUGAGCUUCUGCGACUGGCAGGUGGACCAGGUCGAGGCUGGUACCCAAGACAUCGACAGCAUCGCCCUGCCUCCAUUGAGCAUCUUGAUCGCCUUGCACCUGGCCAGAGUCCAGGACACAGCACUCCUAGUCCCUGGGAGUUACGAGACACCAGGAAACCUCUUACACUGCCUCCAAAUCUAUCGCCCAAGUUCUUCCAUCGUUCGCCACGUGAGGCACUCAGAAGAGUCACCAGCCUUCUGAUCAGGAAAGGAAACGGCCCUAAGGAACACAAAAAGGACGCGCUGUCGCCCACCCGAGCUGCCUCCGGGGAAACAUCGGGCGAAGGCCCCCGGCAGAGGCGCGGUUUUUUCAGGAGCUUCUGGAAGCGCUCCCGCCACUACUCCUUGGAGCAGCAGUAGCUGUCCAGGACGUGCGUGUGCUGUGCAGCUGGCCACAGUACACUUGUACAUUGCCUGCAGACCUGCAAGAAACCACGCUGUACAAGCCGUCAGCAAAAGCGACCACUGACGGUUCAUUUAUCUUAUAAAUGUUACUCAGUUAACACCAGCGUUUUUAGGUAGAACGGUUAAUUCAGAGAAAUAAAAAGUAUAGAUAAAGGCAUAGUCUCAGGGCCGAACAUAAAAAGCACAUAUAGAUAUAUACAGAGCGAUCCAUUUUAAAGCGGGUUAUAAUGGCAGCAUAGCUGUGCAAAACUCAUAUAUGUAUCUUGAGGCACAGUCAUGUACAUACAUGUACUAAGAGCAGUGGAGGGCAUUUUAUAUUUUGCGAAUACUGAGAUAUGAGCUGCGGCACUCUAUACUUAUGCCUGGUUUCAAAUGGAUUACUGUAUAAAACAUACAAAGUUCAGAAUGAUUGUGGCCUCCGGCAUCACAAAUGGAAGCCAUUUUAUUAUACGUAUAAUUUGCCAUUGGUGAACGCCAUAUAUAACAAACUCAAGGACUCAUUUGAUUGUCUAUAAAUCGUAAAUGUACACUGCCAUUCAUAGCACUGAACCAUAUUGUGCAUUUGGCCAGUCUGAUGUAGAGAACAUACAGGGUGAUGCAGUUUAACUUGAAGCCUGACGGAAGAUGCCGUGACAGACACUCGGUGUAUGAGUUGUGAAAUACAGUGUUUUCCACUUGGGAGACAUUUCAAACGGAUCACUCUGUAUGGGUUUAGAUAAAUUUGAUAUGAAGUUGUAAAUUAACCGAUAUUUUCUCUUUUUUAAACAAUUUACUGUUGAGAACGCUGAUACUCAUUUACCGUUGGUAUGAACUUACUUGUCAGAUAAUAAAAUAUUAGCAAUUUCUACGUUAGUUUUAUGUUAUCGUGAUGGGCCCUAGACUGUAAUGAGAACUUGUUACUUACCUUCUGCUGGUGUAAGGUAAUGACAAUAGUUCUCCACGGUGUAAAUUUAUAAGUAUAUAAUACCCUUUUUCAUUUUCAACAUUCCUAAGGAAAACACCCCACACUUGUAUAAAUAGUCCUAAUGAUUUAAUUUCAAAUAAAAAUGGGUAAAAUGUUUCAGUUAUUAA